AUGUUAAGUUUGUUAUUUCAAAAACAGGCCUGGGGCAGCACGAGGCUUUUUCAAAGCGCAGCGAAGGUCAAAUUUUUACCGAAACGGAGGUUUGGUUUGAAAAAGCCUCGUUUGGUGAUCAAUUACCGACUCCUGUUUCCUCUCCCCACUUCACAUCCUGCUCCAAUUAUCCUAAACUCUUUGAUUAUGGAUAAUCGAUUCGACCCGGAUUUUGACGAAGUCAUUGUCAUGGACAAAAGUGUAAUGAAGGUAGCCUCCACGUCUAAACCACCAUGGACGGUAAUCAAGAAGACCUCAUCAGAACCAGCCGUUGCCACAAGUACUCCUAAACCUAUCUCUAUUUACCGAAAUAACAAGAUUAACGUUGAUAAUUGUCGGAACCAAAGAUUGCGAAUCAAGGGCCAAGCUAAGAAGAUUCAAGCUAUAGUCACCAACCUGAAGGAAGAAUUAGCACGAUUAGUAAGUUUAGAGGUAAAGGCAACGGAAAGAACGCGAAGAGCAGACGAAUGCUGGAUGCACGGUGUUAUCAAGCCAGCUCUUUGUUAUUUACAUAAAUCCAGAAACAAGCCUACGACUACUAGUGAACGAGAUAUUUAUAUCUACUCUCGAUUCCGUACUAUUCAAGAACUCACCAAAGAUACUCCCUCAUUAUCUCAUCGUUUAGCUAAACGGCUGUCUCGAGCUGACACGUGGACGUCGGCCCUAUUCAAUCCCAUUUACGAUAAAUGAGGACUCCGUCAUGAGUAUAAACUGUCAAAUUCUAUUGUUACUUUUUUUUCCCCUUGUGGUUUUUCCCAUUUUUUUUCUUUUCUCUUUUUCUCUUUUUCUCU